AUGCCGCAAGUCAACCCAGAGCUGUUUCACGCCCAAGUGUACGACGUGACGCGCCUCAUCCCGCACGGCCGGGUCACAUCGUACGGCCACAUUGCGCGUCUCCUUGGCCACCCCUCCCACUCCCGUCUGGUCGGUGCAGCACUGAAGUUCUUGCAAGACCCCACGGUGCCGUGGCACCGCGUCAUCUCGUCUUCCGGAGCGAUCUCCGAUCGGGGCGACGGCGGCGAGGCUGCUGCACGCCAAGCACAACGGUUGCAGCACGAGGGAGUGACGAUCAUACACGGAAGGGGGGAGGGUGUGACGAUCGACUUUGGGCAUGCGAAUCCCAACGCUAAGUUCAGGGUCAAUCUGCGCGAGUAUGGGUGGUUUCCUGAUGAGGUGCAUUUGGAAGGGUAUGAGGAGGAAGGGGAGGAUGCGGCGAGGUUGGAGAGGAUACCGGACGGUGACGACGAGUCGGACCUCAGCGAGCCAUCGGAUGAAGAGUAG